AUGUCUUUCCAGGAUAUUCCUAUUCUUGAUCUCAAUGAUGCAUUCAAUGCAGAAACCAAGCCUCAAUUCUUGAGCAAGCUACGCAAUGCAAUGAUAAAUGUGGGGUUUUUGCUUUUAAAAAAUUACGAGUCAAUAGGGCCUACAAGGGAAGAACUUGUAGCUAUUAAGGAACAAUCAGAACUGUUUUUUGCGUUGCCCGAUGAAAUCAAAUUAAAAAUCGAAAUGAUCAACUCUCCUCAUUUUUUAGGAUACACUAGGCUCGCCAAUGAAAUCACUGCUUCGCACACAGACUGGAGGGAACAGAUUGACUUGGGCACAGAAUUACCAGCACCAAAGGAGGGAGAACCCAUCUACAAGAAUAUUGAAGGACCCAAUCUUUGGCCCGAUGAAGCUGCAAUCCCAAAUUUCCGUCAAGUGGUUGAAAAUUAUAUUGCAAAGAUGACUGCCUUGAGCACAACGUUUAGAUAUUUGGUGCUUGAAUCGAUUGGACUCCAAGGCGAAGCCUUGAAUGACUAUUUUAAGCCUAAUCAACAGUGCAAGAUGAAAUUGAUUGCAUAUCCUGAUAGCACUAGCUUGACAAAUGCCACGUCAGUUGCAUUGAAGGACACGCCCACAACUGGCCAAGGUGUUGGGCCACAUCGUGAUUCAGAUUUAAUCACUUAUAUCUACCAGGCUACAGACCAUCAGGAUUCGUUAGAAGUGCAAAACUUCCAAGGUAAAUGGAUCCCAGUACCAAAUAUUCCAAAUCAUUUGGUGGUAAAUAAUGGGCAAACUUUGGAAGCCAUCACACAAGGUGUUUGUAAAGCUACGAUCCAUCGUGUUUUAAUUCCAAAACCGGGAAGUGGAACAAGAAUCUCGGUCCCAUUUUUCCAAACUAUCGACUUGGACAGCUCCAAAAGCGCAGUUCAAAAUAUUCCAGAUGACAUAUUGAGGCUCAGGGAAGAAAGAGACAAGAGGAUUAAGGACUGGGCAGUAGAUAUGGGGUUUCAGUUUAAGCCUGAUGUAAGUAAAGAGCCCGUGGGAUAUGCUGUGUUUAGAAAUAGAAUCAAGUCCCAUCAGGAUGUGGCAAAGAGAUGGUAUCCCGAAAUAUUAAAACAGGUUCUUCUGGAAUACUCGUAUUGA